AUGUACAACCCACAUCCCAACACUCAUCUAGAAUAUGCCUUUAGAAAUGAACUCGAAGGUGUGAAGAAGACUCCUGGUGAGAGUAACAGUUCACACUUGCUCAUGAUGAACAUGAAAUUCCAGAAAGCAGCUAAGCUGGGAAUCGUUCAAUCUGAAGAGCAAAGAGUUCAUGGCUCCGACAAUCCUACUACUUCAAGCUCAGGAGAAAUUAAUCCAUUGUUCUGUAACAUUACUAGUCUAAUAGUUCUAGAUUUGUCCAAUAACAACUUCAAUGGUGAGAUUCUUCCAUGUUUGGAUUCCAUUAGCUCCCUUCAAUGGUUGAAAUUGUCUAACAACAAAUUUGAGGGCUCUAUUCCAUUGUCUCUUGGGAAUUUGACUCAACUUUCUUAUUUGGAUCUCUCUAAAAAUAGGCUUUCUGGAAGAAUCCCUCAGCUGGGAAGUAGCUCAAUGUUCUGCACUUUAAGCAAUCUCGGAGUUCUUGAUGUCUCAAAUAAUCAGCUAACUGGCUCUAUUCCACAAUGCUUGGGUAGUUUCAGCCAACAUCUUCAAGUGUUGAACAUGAAAGAGAACAAUUUUAGUGGAGAGAUGCCUCAGAUAUAUGGAAGCAAACUAAUUACGCUAGACCUUAGUCAUAAUCAGCUAGAAAGGAAUGGCCACAUUCCACAAUCAGUUGAGAAUAUGAUACAACUUGAAUCAUUGGACUUGUCCAACAAUAAGCUCUCUAGAAGAAUCCCUCAAGAAUUGGGGAAUCUCACACUUCUUGCUUAUCUCAACCUUAGUAAUAAUCAACUUACAGGGAUGAUACCACAAGGCACACAGAUGAGUACAUUCUCAAAAUCUUUGUUUAAUGGAAAUGUUGAGUUAUGUGGUUUGCCAUUGUCAGAGUGUGAAGACAGUAAUGAUGAGAUGCCAAGUACGACACUUGAUCAUGAAUCUAAAUUUUGGAGUGGUUUUGGUUGGAAAGCAGUGGCUAUAGGAUAUGCAUGUAGUUUUCUUGGUGGAGUGUUGGGUGGAUAUCUCUUCAUUUCCAAGAAAUAG